AUGAACUCCCAUUUCUUAUUCUGUUUCUUUGUUUUUCUCACCUUCACCGCAAAAACUCUCUCAAUCUCAACCACACCCGUAUCUCCUUCUUCAGCAACUCAAUUAUACAACCAAUAUUUAACCCAGCAGAAAAAACCAAACAACGAAACCAUAUACAAAGUUUCAAAGCAACUCUGUUGGGGCUGCAUGGCCGAGUCAGUAGAGUUCCUUUUCCGACACAACAUAGUAAGAGCAUACAAAUGGGAGCUUCCAUUGACAUGGGAUUUACAGCUCGAACAAUACGCAAGAUGGUGGGCUAGUCAAAGAAAACCAGAUUGCAAAGUGGAACAUUCAUUUCCUGAGAAUGGUUUCAAGUUAGGAGAGAAUAUAUAUUGGGGUAGUGGCUCCGAUUGGACUCCAUCUGAUGCUGUAAAAGCUUGGGCUGAUGAAGAGAAAUAUUACACAUAUCUUACUAAUUCAUGUGUUUCUGGUCAAAUGUGUGGACAUUAUACUCAAAUUGUGUGGAAAAGUACUAGAAGAAUUGGCUGUGCAAGAGUUGUGUGUGAUGAUGGUGAUGUGUUCAUGACUUGUAAUUAUGAUCCUGUUGGUAAUUAUGAAGGAGAGAGACCAUAUUAA